AAAGCACUAAAUUUAUAGUGAAGAACAAAUGGGUGGGGAACACUGCACAACUUGGCAAAUGUGACGUCAUGCACUCUCUGAUGGGCGCAAUCUUGUUUCUAUCAUUCUUGAGUACUGGGAAGAGCGCCAAAGUCUAUUAUUAUUGAAUCACAUGUACAAACACAAAGAGAAAGUAAUGUAGCUGACACGGUUCUACGAGAGCUUUCAAAAAUCCUGCGAUAAAAUCUACAAUACUACGAUAUGGAAGGGAAGUAAUUUUUUAUUUACAUGGAGCUCUCAUUAGUUUGAUCGUAACAGCUGACAGGGGACUGCGUUUACGUCGGUGACUGUUUGCAGCAUAAGAGUACCUUAUCAAAUUCAAGAUAAUUGAGACAAUAAGUGACGUCAUUGGAAAUGCAUACAACAAAGUUGUAUUAUCUUUCCUUUUAGUUGCUGAUAAUAAAUGAAGCUGUUUGCACUGGGUGUAGCUAAUCGAUCGCUUAGUAUUUGUUAAAAGCACUAUUGCUUCAGUUUAUUUUACUAAAUUAAAUAAACUAAGUUAUUUAAAAUGCAUUUUGGCAUUCUGGGUAGUGGCGUUGUAGGUCUCACAACAGCUUUGGAAUUGCAACAAAAUUAUCCAAACGCGCAAAUAACAAUUCUUGCUGAUCGAUUCAAUGAAGACACAACCAGUCAUGUAGCAGCUGGCAUUUUUAGACCUGGCCCUAGCUUUGCGGGACCAACCGCGGAGAUCACACAGCAAUGGAUCACCGAAGCGUUCCACUACUGGGAUGACAUACGUCGUUCCAAGGAGGCACCAUUUGCUGGCGUCUGCCAACUGUCAGGUUACAUUUACUCUUCCAUCUCACCGAAGAUCGUGAGGAAUCAUUUGAUCGAGCAACUACUCCCAGUUUAUCGCCAGGCCACCGAAGAGGAGUUAAAACUGUGUCAAGGUGAUUGGAAAUUUGGUUCCUUCUUUACAACGUGCUUAACCGAAUGCAGACUAUUCCUGCCCUAUGCAACCAAAAAAUUUAUUGCCGCCGGUGGUCAAGUGACGCGCCAAUACGUCAGCUCCUUCUCUGACGUCGCAUAUCAAAACUUCGACGUUCUCUUCAAUUGCACAGGUUUGGGUGCCAAAGAUUUGUGCGACGAUACACAAGUCGUUCCAAUACGUGGUCAAGUCUUGAAAGUGCGUGCACCCUGGAUCAAAUUGGCCUUCUACGGUGACUAUGACACUUACAUUUUGCCCGGCUUCGAGACCGUUACUCUGGGCGGUUGCCGUCAAUAUGAAAGCUACAAUUUGAAUGUUUGCAAAAAUGAUUCUAUGGCCAUUAAGGAGCGUUGCUACGGCAUGCUGCCGAGCUUGAAACGAGCCCAAGUGGUGCGAGAAUGUGUGGGACUACGACCAUAUCGCGGUGUGGUGCGGGUCGAAAGCGAAAUAAUCCGUUUAGCUAAUGGACGCACCCAGAAAGUGGUGCACAAUUAUGGUCAUGGGGGCUAUGGUGUCACUACAGCACCAGGGACAGCUAAGUAUGCUAUGAAAUGUGUGCGUGAUCUUUUAGCUGGGAAUAGUAAAUUGUAAAAAAAUUAUUUUUUCUUCACCUUUGGAAAUAAACCAUUGUAAUAAAUUAAAAAAAUAGUGGAAUUAAUUCUUCGUUUACCAAAGUGAAAAUUGACAAAAGCGCAUAUAGAUCCAGCGGCUUCGUUGGCUGGGUCAUGUCGUUUGAGUGGAUACAAACGAUCCGGCUCUGAAAAUAUUCGAUGCGGUACCAGCUGGCGGUAGCAAAGGAAGAGAAAGGCCUCCCCUGCGUUGUUUUCAACUGUGUUUACCUUACACUCCCUCAGGAAAAUACCAUACUACCCGUUACGCGCAAUAUAUUUCUGCA